GGAUGCGCCAUUUUAGUGCGUCUCUAGCCAUCCGGUAAGAUGGCGCCAUUGCUUUGUCUUCUGUGAGACGAUUCAAUAUUUAGUCUUUUUCCGAAUAAAGACUUGUUUUUGGAAUUUGGGAUUUUUUACAUUUGAAGGAACUCGUUUGAUACCCCUUGAUUUGAGACGUACAAGAAAUGACUACGGACAUCAUCAGUAUCCCUGCUAGUUCCGGCAAGCUGAAUACAUUGGUGACAAAACUCCAUGAGUACAUGAGUUAUUCUGCAGAAGAGGAUAUUAAUGAGCCCCAAACUUCUGGUAAAAUGGCCUCUACUGAAUCAAACACAACUGACCAAAUCAUGGAAGAGCCUGGGAGCUCCACAGAAACAGCAAAGGCCUCCUCUUCAAGAUCUAAGAGGAAACCCACUACUGUGACCAAGCACACUGGCCUAGAUCAGUCAGACGAAUCUGAGCAGAGUGAUCAGGAGGAUUGCUCCAUAGACAAUCCUGCUGACAGCAACACGGAAGUGACCAGUUUGCCUAAAGGUACUAUAGUGGUCAACCCUGAGCCUGUGGAUGAAGAAUCUAAAGAUGACUUCACAGGCCCAGAGUUCAGAAGCAGGAGGAGCAGAGGAGACCCCCAAAGGAAACGUAUGGAAAAUGAUAUUUCACUUCUUGAAAGAGUGAAUUGCACAGCUUGCGGUCAGCAAGUUAAUCAUUUUCAGAGGGAUUCUAUCUUGGUGCAUCCCAUUUUAAAAGUCCUUAUCUGCAAGUCAUGUUACAAGUACUACAUGAGUGAUGAUAUCAGCAAAGAUGCCGAUGAUAUGGAUGAGCAGUGCAGGUGGUGUGCUGAAGGAGGAAACCUAAUCUGUUGUGACUACUGCAGUAAUGCCUUCUGUAAAAAGUGUAUUUUACGCAACCUCGGCAGGAAAGAGCUGUCCGGGAUCAUGGACGAAAGCAGCAAGUGGUACUGUUACGUUUGCAGCCCUGAACCACUGGUCGACUUGGCCACUGGGUGUAGUAAGGUCAUGCAAAACCUUGAGCGGUUGUGGUGUCGGGAACACAAGCCAAAGACCAAUAAAUCCGACCGCAAGAAGGACAAAGCUGCCUUCAACGGGAAGGAGCACCACUCGGAGGGCUCUGGAACCUUAACGUUCUCUCCCAAGUUGCUUCAGAUCCCAAAAGAACUGGUGAAAAAGACAAAAAAGCUCAUAGAGACGACAACAGGCCUGAACAACACGUUUGUGCAGUUCAUUCAGCAGGCCUCUAAAGACAAGGGGACCAAGCCUAUGUUGCGGUACCGCCACCUCAAAGCGUUUAAGUCGGUGCUGGCUGACCUGAAAAUGGCCCACGCCACCCUGGAACAUGCCUUGGAGGCCGAGUUCAGAGAACUGGAGCUUCAGAACGGAGCGGAGGCUGCAGUGGAUCAUGGGCCAGUUGAACACAGAGUGGUCACGCAGACCGAGCCGACUGGGCAGAAUGAGCAGACUGACCAGAUCGAGCCGACUGGGCACACCGAGCAGGCCGAGCAGGCCAAGGUAGAUGAGGACCAGAGUAACAAUGCCAUAGAUGGGUCUGACUGUGAGGAUAAUGCAGAUUAUAUGGACAUAGACGCUGUGGAGAUGAAAGACAGUCCCAUUCGUUCGCCCACUAAGCAGCUCUUUAACGAGAGUGAGGUCAGGGAGGAGGAGGAUGAGGAUGAGGAAGAAGAAGAAGAAGAGGAGGACAAUGUCAAACCCGAUGGAGAAUGUGGUGUACAGGAAGAUGGGAACUUGCUGGUCGAAGAUUCGUCAGAGAUUGACAGGGAGAUCCUGUCAGCUACCCCCUCUAUCCCCGAUGAACUUUUCCAGAUGGUUGAAAGUCUCGCGGACUCCACCAAGCUUGCUGCUGCUGAUGAGGCCAGAGAGGCCAAAGUUGCAGAAUUGUCACCUGAAGAGGCCCAACCCACAGAGGCCAAAGAGGCAGACGAAAAGCCCUCUGGGGCUCAAAAAAGGAUAGCUACACUGGGCAAAAAAAAGCUGGUGGUGAAGCUGACGCCCAUGCCUCUCAGAAUCAGCUUGAAGGCAGCAGUAGAGCCGACCAAGGAGGAUGGGGAUGGAUCUGUCACUCCGGAAGAUGGCCUCAAGAGCCGGCGAUCUCCCAGAGUAAAGACGACGCCCCUUCGCAAACCCUCUGAGAGAAAGAGUAAAAGCAACGGCAAGCAGGACACAGACAAGAAAACCAAGGCCAAGGUCAAGACCACAACGACCUCCGGUGACCAGGAGGAGGUGGCAGCGGCCAAGGUGUCGUCCACCCAAGGGGACUCUGACUCAGAUGAAGUCCCUUUAGUCCUUCGUCAGAGGGCACUGCUGGAGGCCAGCUCGGGAGACGAGGUUGCGUCUUCUGGAAAGAAGGCUAAAGACGAGAGUCUCAGCAAGCCUGCAGUGCGGCCCUCUGAGAGGAGGUCGACCAAACGCAAGCUUACCCCGAAGGCCACCUCGUCCGACUCCGACCAAGAAGCGGGAGCCAAGAAGAGCGCGGCCAAGAGCGUGGCCAAGAGCGUGAGCAAGAAGAAGAAGAACGCUAGCUCAGACUCUGAAAAUGAUGACUCCGAUGUGGAGAAGGAAAUCAAGGGUCUGAGCAAGCUUGGCACCGUAAAGAAAGGACGUGGUAAGGUGAAACAGGAAAGCAAAGAGACCCUUGAGAAAGUUGCCAAAACAAAGAAAAGGUCCUUUGAACGCACACGCAGGACCAAGAGAGGCAAGGUCAGCGCCAGCCGAUCACCCUCAUCCAGCGACCAUGAGGAGGAGGAGGAGCAGGCAGAGGACUCUGGUGAGGACAGCGACGACAAGCAAAAGAUGCGGCCCAUUAUGGACUCGGUGAUGGCCGGAAUAGACAGUUUCCAGCAGUCGUCAGGGGACGAAGGUGGUGUCAAAGGUGAACCCCCUCAGAUGCCUGACGAUGAUGACGAUGACCCAGAGAAUAGAAUUGCGAAGAAAAUGCUGCUUGCACAAAUCAAAGCCACUUACUCCUCUGGGGCGGAGAGCUCAUCGGAGCACAGCGACUCUGAGCAGGAAGACGGAAAGCCAGCCAAGAAGGUCAAGAACGAAAGCGGGGAAGAGAACGGAGAGGAGGAAGACGACGAGGACUCCGAUGCAGACUCUGACGUAGAUAAGAAAAAGAGCCGCCGGCGCCAUCGCCUGCUCAAGCACAAGCUGUCGCUUAGCGAGGGCGAAUCAGAAGACGAGAAGGCAGGCAAGAGCGGGAAGAAGGACAAGGGCAAGAAGAAGAGCAAGAGGAAAGUGGUCAGCGAUGACUCGGCGGACUCUAACUUUGAAGGUUCACAGUCGAGCUCCGGCAGUGAAUCUGCUCUUAGCGAGGCAGUCAGUGAUUCUGAGGAAGAAGGCAACAAACGAAAAACCAGAUCUUCCAAGAAGGCCGCCAAGGCGAAGAAGGAGAGGAGCUACAAGCAGCAGAAGAAAAAGCGCCGCCGCAUCAAAGUCCAGGACUCCUCCAGUGCUAAGAGUGGGGAGGAUGAGGAAGGAGAAGAGGAAGAUGGGUCUGGGUCUGGGUCUGGGUCUGGGUCUGGGUCUGGGAGUGGCAGUGACAAGGGAACGCCGAAAGGUCGCAAGAAGAUCCGGAAGAUUCUGAAGGACGACAAAUUGCGGUCGGAGACGGUGAACGCUCUGAAGGAGGAGGAGGACCGGAGGAAGCGCAUCGCUGAGAGGGAGGCUCUGAGGGAAAAACUCAGAGAGGUGAGGAGUGUGAUCGUGGUUGAGGCGGCGUCUCAGAUGGACUGUCCAAUCACCACCAAGCUGGUGCUGGACGAGGACGAGGAGACGAAAGAACCGCUGGUGCAGGUGCACAGGAACCUGGUCACCAAGCUCAAGCCCCAUCAAGUGGACGGCGUUCAGUUCAUCUGGGACUGCUGCGUUGAGUCUGUAAAGAAGGCCAAGAAGACCUCCGGCGGGUCGGGCUGCAUCCUGGCCCACUGCAUGGGGCUGGGCAAGACGCUUCAGGUGGUGACGUUCCUCCAUACCAUGCUGCUGUGCGAGAAGCUGAACUUCAGCACGGCGCUGGUGGUGUGUCCGCUCAACACUGUCCUCAACUGGAAGAAUGAGUUUGAGAAGUGGCAGGACGGCCUCAAGGACGAGGAGAGCUUAGAGGUGAUUGAGCUGGCCACAGUGAAGCGCCCUCAGGAGCGGGCAUACACCUUGCAGCGCUGGCAUGAGGAUGGCGGCGUCCUGAUUAUUGGCUACGAGAUGUACCGCAACCUCACGAUAGGCCGCAGUCUCAAGAGCAAAAAGCUUAAGGAGACCUUCCAGAAGACCCUGGUGGACCCAGGCCCUGAUUUUGUGAUCUGUGAUGAGGGCCACAUCCUGAAGAACGAGGCGUCGGCCAUCUCCAAAGCCAUGAACAACAUCAAGACCCGCCGGAGAGUGGUGCUCACAGGAACACCGCUGCAGAACAACCUCAUUGAGUACCACUGCAUGGUGAACUUCAUCAAAGAGAACCUGUUGGGUUCCGUCAAAGAGUUCCGGAACCGUUUCAUCAACCCCAUGCAGAAUGGCCAGUGUGCGGACUCCACCGCCGUGGACGUGCGACUCAUGAAGAAGAGGGCGCACAUCCUCUAUGAGAUGCUGGCAGGAUGUGUUCAGAGACGAGAUUAUACAGCGUUGACCAAGUUCCUGCCCCCGAAGCACGAAUAUGUAUUGGCGGUGCGCAUGACGACCAUCCAGGCCAAGCUCUACCGUCACUACCUGGACAACUUCACAAGUGUGGGGAGUGCAGGGAAUGCAAUGGAGGGGAAAGGCCGGGCCGGAACCAAACUCUUCCAGGACUUCCAGAUGCUGAGCAGAAUUUGGACUCAUCCGUGGUGUCUGCAGCUGGACUACAUCAAAAAAGAAAACAAGGGUUACUUUGACGAGGACAGCAUGGAGGAGUUCAUUGCCUCGGACACGGAGGAGUCUUCUAUGAGCCUCACCUCUGAGGACGAUGCGCCCAAGAGGAAGAAGGCUCGCGGGAAGGGGAAGAAGAAACAGAGCUCGGAGGGUUCGGACAGUGACGACUUGGAGGUCAUCAAGGAGUGGAACACCAGCUCCCGCGGCGGCAACCCGGAGAGCCGCAACCGGGCCGAACCGGUGGAGGAGGCAAGGGUCCCCUCCACUACCUUUUCUCCAGACUGGCACAAGGACUUUGUGACCGAGGCGGAUGCAGAGAUCUUGGCACAUUCCGGAAAGAUUUCGCUUCUCUUUGAGAUCCUACGCAUGGCAGAAGAGAUGGAGGAAAAAGUUCUGGUGUUCAGUCAGUCCCUCAUCUCUCUGGACCUGAUAGAAGACUUCCUGGAGCUCUCCUGUAGAGCCAAAGAUGAGGGGAAGGAGUCUCCAUACAAAGGAGAGGGGAAGUGGUUCCCGAACAUUGACUACUAUCGCCUGGAUGGAUCCACCGGCGCCAUGACCCGAAAGAAAUGGGCAGAGGACUUUAACGAUACCAGCAAUAUCAGGGGUCGCCUCUUCCUCAUCUCGACCAGAGCAGGCUCUCUGGGCAUCAACCUGGUGGCUGCCAACCGGGUCAUCAUCUUCGACGCCUCCUGGAACCCGUCCUAUGACAUCCAGAGCAUCUUCCGCGUCUACCGCUUCGGGCAAAUCAGGCCCGUGUUCGUCUACAGGUUUUUGGCUCAGGGAACCAUGGAAGAGAAGAUCUACGACCGCCAGGUGGCCAAGCAGUCUCUGUCAUCCCGUGUGGUGGACCAGCAGCAGAUCGAACGCCACUUCACCAUGAACGAGCUGACCGAGCUCUACACCUUUGAGCCGGAGCUGCUGGAUGACCCCACCAGCAAGAAGGGGAAACGCUCCACGCCAGUGCUGCCGAAGGACACCUUCCUGGCGGAGUUGCUGCACAGCUUUAAGGAUCACCUGGUGGGCUACCAUGAGCACGACUCCCUGCUGGACCACAAGGAGGAGGAGGCUCUGAGCGAGGAGGACCGCAAGGCCGCCUGGGCCGAGUACGAGGCAGAGAAGAAGGGUCUGUCUAUGCGCACCAACCAGCAACAAAUGAUGGGCAACAGCCAGAGCGGCUAUUUCCACUUCAACAUGGCCGCCCUGUCCAACAUGAACAACCGUGAGCUGGAGGAUCUGGUGAAUCAGGGUCGACAGAAGGUGAUCGAGACGAGCAACGCCAUCAACUCACUGCAGGGAGAGCCACUAGAAGAUGUGAUCAGCCGCAUCUGGAAGGACAACCCUAGUCUGGAGGAAGCGCAGGUGCAGGCCAUGGCUAUGUCCCAGCAGGCCACCAUUGAGCGGGAGCGCCAGCGCAUAGAGGUGGCCUACAGGGACGUGCUCCACAAGCAGCAGACCUUGAUGAUGUACGUGCAGAAAGUGCUAAACAACCGCAAGGUGCAGGAACAGCAGCUGGCCAUGGCCAAGCAGGGGCUGCUCAUGAACCAGAUGGCUCUGCAGAACGGCAUGAUGGGACCGGGCAACCUCAACCAGAUGGAGCUGAUGGGCCUCUACCAGCACCUGCAGCAGAUGCAGCAGGGCAUGGGCGGCAACCCCGGGCCCUCCAAGGGUCUGUAGGCGCCCUGUCGCCGUGGAGACCACCGCCUCCGCCGCUGCCAAUCCGGGGGACGAUGCCUCCUGGUGUGGUGGACCGAUGCGGCGUUGUAAACCCCCAGCUUCACCCCCUUACGGUCGUUUGUUUUUAAACUCCACCUACCCACCCAUCCCUUUCUAACCAACUCUUGCCCGGAAGAUGUUCUUUUACUGGGGUUUUGCAAUUUACUUUAAAAACAAGAAGAAAAAGGAAGAAAAAAAAGAAAAAAGUUGUGUAUAUAUAGCCGUAAUGUUAUUUGAACUUCUAUUCCAUUUUUUCAGCAUAUUUAAAGAUAAUAAUUAAAUUUAAAACUGUUCUCCCCAAAUGCUUUCAAGCAUUGCAUUAUUUGUAAGCCCCCAGCGGAGGGUUUGUAUUUGUUUUAAAAUUAUUUUAUUUCUUAAUUUACUUUUUUUUAUAUAUAUAUAAAUAUAAAUAUACACACUCCGUUCAAGAAAAUACCUAACUCAACAUAUGUGGGACCAUAGUGAUGCUUCUAACAGAUUUCUAUGAUGUAAAGAUCUUAGAGCAUUCUUCAACUCUGUAGUUUUCUGUUCUAGACACCCCCCACCCCCCCUUGGCAGUAUGGUCAGGUGCUGACAUAGGCAGUGAUUUCUGAAGCACUGGAACCAUCACAUCCAGAAGCUAUAUGUUUAAAAUAAACAAGUUAUGGCCUGAUCAUGUCUGUUUAAUCAUCAAAAACAAAAAACCUGUAAAAAAAAUCCCAUUUUCUGUAACUCUUGAAUUGUUCACUUUUUAGUUGUUGCUCAACAAAACAAAACAAAAAAUAAUGGAAUGCCUGCUUUGUUUGAUCUGCUUGCCUGAAUUUUCUGGACGUUUUCUUUCUUUUUUUUUUUUUUUUUUGUAACAUGGACUAUUUCUCCUUCUCGUUGUAAACGUGUAAAUGUAGGCUUUUCCGUGUUGUGUGUGUGCGUGUGAGUGUGUGUGAUGUUACCUGUUUUUCUUUUACUCCGUUGCCCUCCCGUGUUGCAGUUGCUGACGCAGCUCCACGGCCUGUGUGUAGGGAGUGUAUGGAGGGCCUGGUGGCAUCUCCGAUGCAGUCCCACGCCAGCCUCUCGACCCACUCUCAUACCAGGCUGGAGAUGGGCACUUAGACCCGUUUUCUACUUUGUAGUUUUUUUUUUUGUUUGUUUGUUUAUUUUUGUUUAGUUUUUUUUUGGGAAGGGAGGAGCACUUGUCUUCUCGCAUCCGAUGCUAAAUGAGAUGGUUGUUUAACUACAGGAGAGCUGAGAGCUACCCCUGGUCGCACAAGGUGUAUUUCAAAACAACGUACAAUAACUUUCUUUUUUCCCGCCCAGGAAUGUUCUAAUGGUAGCAAAAAAAACACACUUGUUUUGCCAUUAAAAAAAAAAAUCUGUUAUUUACUAGACGCGCAUUUUAAUUGACAUUUCAAUAAAGUGACCAAAAUUGUGA